ACUCCUUCUUUUUCCCUCUCCGACUGGAAUUCCAUACAAUCUAACAUCGCGAUCUUGUUUACUUCGUCACUUUCCUCUCUUCAAAAAAUGCAGACGGCGCGGCUACAGCUCGUCCGUCUAACCGAGGACCAUGUGGCUGGCUACCACGCCAUUUGGUCCGACCCGGUGGCCACCCGAUGGAGCGCCCACGGCCCAUGCAAGACACUGGAGGAUUCCCGCCAGUGGAUGUCCAGUUUGUUACUCGAAGCAAAUCCCAUGGGUGAGAACUAUGCAGUACUCCUUCGGCGGGAUACCUACUUGGAUGAUAUCUCCAACGGGCUCAAGGGGAGUCAAGACUGCCCCGACGAUAAUAAGCCGUACGAUAUUUGGGCUCAUGGCGGGUUUAUCGGAUGGGUCGGAACAUGGAAAACGGAUCCCCUCCCCGAAGUGGGCUUCAUUUUUCACCGAUCGACCUGGGGCCUGGGAUUUGCAACGGAAGCUUUGAGGGCGUUUGUGGAAUUAUAUUGGUUGUGCAAACCGCAAUUCAAGGUGUUAGAGGCAUAUUGCGAUACGGAGAACGAGGCGUCUGUUAAGGUCUUGCGCAAAUGUGGGUUUGAACUGGUCGACGUGACGAGAAAAGAUUAUAUUCUUCCUUGGAUGACACCGCCCGAGAGAGAUACAAUGCAGUUUCGUCUGAUCAGGACUGAUAAUCUGGACGAGUGAAUGAAGGGCUAAGAAGGAUGUAUGGGAUGCCAGCUACACUGGGUUUCCUUUGGAAGGACUGGUCUUUGUGGACAUUUUCAAUAUACCCGCAUGUAUAUGAUUCUCGCUAUCAGAGGAUCUAACUCUGCAUAUCUAUUGCUUCUAGGCGACCUUUGUUAUCACAUUAAAUAUCAACUGUAUUCCUUGGUGAAAGGCUAACAUAGCUCCUUGUCCAUCUUUUCGUAAGAUAGUGGGCUAUGCGACGUUACUCUGCAUAUGUCAGUCUGGCUUCUUUUAUGGGAACCGUUCCCUGCACAGUUC